UGUUUAGUUUUCUCAGUUGUGAAAGACAAUUCAGUUGAUGAAGUUGGCUUAACCAUCUCCGAGACAGGUCUUUCUUGCAAAAGUGAGGCAAUCUCAGGUGGAGUUGAAGUUACUAGUUUUUGCGGUGUGAUUUUUCUUCAUUAUUGAUAAAUCUUCUCAAUAAUUUUUGCUAAAUUGAGCAUUUAAAAAAAAAGAAGUAGUUUAAGCGAUAUUUUUGUGAAAAAAAAGUUUUGUGAAUGGUGAAGAUGUUUAUUUUACUUCUUGGCAACUCAUUUCCAAAUUUCAAUAUUUGACUGUUGAUUUUUAGAAAAAGAGACGCCUCCAUUUGGUGUUUUCUCUUCUUACCCAAAGUUCUUGUGUGUUGUCCAGAACGUUGGAACAAUUGUUCUCUGUGCUAAAUUAACACGUAUUUUUUUUGCACGAUUUUCUAAAAACAACCAGCAGUGAAUAAAAAAAAGCGCUGCGUGAGAGAGAGAGAUGGAGAACUACAGAGAUUAAAACGUACCGAGGUGCAUAACUCAGCUUGCUGAAAUGCCGGCACUCAGACUAUUUGGCAGGAAGUGGUUGGCUGCCUCGGAUGACCUUGUCUUUCCAGCGCUCUUUGAAAUUUGCUUUCGUGUCGUUUGGUUAAUCUUGAUUGCAUUUGUCUUUGAACAUUACUGGGAGUACACAUUAAGCUGUGUUGAAGAUGGACUGGGUGUCCAGAUCUAUUUGGCCGGGACUAUGGUACUUAUUAUACUCAACAUAUUGCUCCUGAUCGCUUUAACCAAUCAGAGUGCUCGAGGAAGCAUCACAGAAACUUACUUAAGGAGAUACGUCGGUCCAAUUUUAGUUUGCAAAAUCAUCCUCAUCAUUCCGGAAAUGAGUCUGAAUGUCUUUGGAACUGUCUGGGCAUUCUGCAAUGUGGUCAAGUGCGCAACAUCGCAGAAAUUUUCACGGAGCGUCAUUGAAGCUCUGGUUGUCUUCAAUUGGGUUCUGUUUGCUCUCAUCAUCUUCGGGAUGGCCAUUGUGUUUGAUCCCCUUGGCUCAACUAAGUACCGCCGUGGUCGAGAUAACAAUGACAACAAUCCCAUUGAGUCGGCAUUUCAUCGGAAAGUGUACAGUUUGUGGAUGAGGCGCUUUCGUUGGGCUUUUUGCUGUUUGCGCAAAGACGAAUUCGGCCAUGAAGCUUUCGCCCAGGCGGCGAGUUUGCUGAGUGCCCUGUUCCGAGGUACAGAUCUUGUACCGUCGGACUUCAUGGCCGGAUGCGUGUUGUUGCGCGUACGACAGAAGCGCGAGACACGUGAAAUGCGACGCAUUAGAAUGCUCAAUGAUGACGGACCACGAUAUUCCACUGAUUUGGCGAGGAUCUUCGCUACAGCUCCUGCAUGGAUGACACUCAAGAAUGCACGGCAUUACAUGCAAUUUGCACUUGCCAGCUACGGAUGGCCCCUGGUUUGCUACAUGCAUUGCUGUAGUGGACCGUAUCGCCUCAUCAAAAAGUCUAUUUGUUGCGCAUGUUUCAGAUCAAAAUACAGAAUGGUUGUCGAUGAUAAUUGCUGCCUGUGUCACUUCGCUGGUGUUAAGUUCAUGACCCGCUUAACGACUGAAGAUGUGAUCUUUGCUUCAUUCAGGAAUCAUGUGUUUGAGUUACCUUUCUGCGUUUUGGCUGACCACGACACCAAAAGCAUUGUUAUCACCAUUCGAGGGAGUUUCUCCUUCCGCGACAUCUUCACCGAUCUCACAGCCGAUUCAGAACGAUUUGAAGCUCCAGGCAUGCCGCCAGAUUCAGCAGCACAUCGUGGUAUGGUUGCCGGCGUGGAGCAGCUGAUGAAACGCCUGCGCGAGACCAAUGUCCUUGACAGGGCCUUCACUUCUCACCCGGAAUACUCUCUCGUACUUACAGGACACAGCCUAGGAGCUGGAGUGGCCAUUCUAUUGGGUGCUAAACUACGCUCUAAAUAUCCGGAUUUGCGUGUGUUUGCCUUUGCAACACCGGCUGGAUUGCUAAGUCGAGAAGCUGCUAGAUAUACGGAAACCUAUGCCUUCACCGUUGGUGUUGGUGAUGACUUUGUGAUGCGACUGGGUGUGGAUUCAAUUGAGAAUUUGCGCACGAUGAUCGUUGAGACGAUCAGGGCGUGCAAAUUACCCAAGUACCGUAUAAUGCUCAAUGGGUUUGGCUAUGCGAUCUUUGGGGUGCCAUCUAGGGAUCUCGAAACAACAUUCUUCGAUGUGACACAAAUUGAAACGAGUGGCCAGGGUGAUACUCCAGAAGAUCCGCCCAUUUCCACGAUAACACCACCAACAGUGAGUGGCUGGGCUAGUUUUAGCACGAGCAGAGCAUUACCUAAAGCUAUCUCGUUGCAGGCGACAAUCCUCUCCCAGUUAAUUGGUGUUCGUCGCUUCGCUAAGACACGACUCUACACCGGCGGUAGGAUUCUCCAUAUUGUCCGUAGGAAGAGAACUGAGUUGGAAAAGAAAAGUAACUCAGGUGGUCCGACAUUUGAAAUGCGCUGGGCAACUCCGGAGGAUUUUACAGAAUUGCAGAUAAUGCCUAGAAUGUUCCUUGAUCACUUCCCAGACUACAUUUUUAGGACGAUGACAAAGAUUCUUGAGGAACAAAAAGCCACAUCAGAAUCAAUCACGUCAAUUCAUGAAGUUUAAUAAAGUUGAAGGUGAAAAAAAGUGACGAUGAAUCUCUAAGUAAAAAACACUAUUUAUUGUGCUUUAGGUGUUUUAAGAAUUACUCUCAAAACUCAAUGUGAAAAGAUCUUAAUAUUCCCCUAAUAAAUGGAGUUAACAUGAUCAAUGUUUAGAUAAUAAAAAAAACAUUAAGUGAUAUUUAAGAAAGACGGUAUUUUGAUUGAUGUUGAUGGUGGAGAAAAAAAGAUAGGGAAGAUAUAUUUUUUAAAGAAUUUUUAAAAUAAAAAUAUAUCAAUGAAUUUUGCAGUGUCUUUAAAAGUAUACGGUGUUUUUUACCAAAACACCCUCUUUUGGUUGUGAUAUUAUUGUAUUUAUGUAUGUUGUUAGGAAAUAAAAUUGAAAAAAAAAGAUAAAAAAAGUAAAUGUGUAAAUGUGUAGUUACUUAAAUUUAAAAAUUUCUCUAUUUUUCUAAUUCUCAUCUUCUGUGCAUUAAAAUACAAAUGAUAUUUAAAAAACAGUGCUUCCCAUUUAUAUCAUUCCUCUAGGAUAUUAGAUUUACCUGAUAAAAGAAAAUAUCUGUGAAGAAAACUUUAAGAAUAGUACUUAUUUUUGAAUCUUUAUAAAAGAGACACAUCAUCCAAUGAUGUUAUUCUCUACUUUUAAGUGUUAAGAAAAAAUGUAUUUUUUGAAAAUGUAUCCAAAAAAAAAACAUAUAUAAUUAUGUGUUGUAUAUUUGGAAAAGAAUAAAUGUUCGAUGUCGUGUAACUUGA